UUUAACUGACGGCUGGAAUUCGCUAUACCCCCUUUUGAUGAUAUCAAAGCUGUGCUCUGUAGUGUAGCCCCUGUCUUUCGAGGCAUGAAUCACAGUACCUUUGAAUCAAUAACAAGAGACAAUAACGCGAAAUCGUUCUGUCACAUCUCUAGUGACAGCUGUGAGUCCAGUGCCAAGCUGUGGCCUGACAAGGGCGCAGGAGGGCACCUAGCACUUGUUGGAGCUAGACCGUUGUGCAUGGUGUGGAGCAGAUUACUUCUCAGCAGUGCCACGCUUACGCUGCAUGGCUGGUGUCUUUCAAUCGCCUCUAACCUUUCAGAUAUGGUGGUCCACAUAGCUCUCAUGCUGAAAGUGGCAGCGGAAUUACUGUGCUCCAUAGAUCCCGUCACUCUAAAGGUGAUGAAUUCUGCUUUACCUGAUGGUGCGCCAAUACGAAUACACAUGCAGCACUCAUUUUGCUUCGCAGACGGAUAUUUGCAACGUCUUCAUCGCACGGAGCGCUGGUCGCUGCGGGUUCUAAGCGGCAGCAGGGUGUGGUUGGCCCACCGCGUACAUUUUGUGCCACCCGCCGUGUUUGUUGUCAUCGGGAAGGCUCUGUGGGUGCGCGACACCUUGCUACACUACCCCGAGCUAGAAUCGGAAUGGAAUUCCUCGGCACUGUUCCUUGGCAUCCUGCCGCGGUCUGCCACCGAAGCUGAAGUGCGGACGCUGCUGUGGGACACCUGGACCUCACUCUCCCUUGCGGACCUAACGGUCCUCGUGUCGGCCGGCCACGCCAACUGGACAGCGCACGCCGCCUUUCCCUUCGCGGACGCAACGGGCCAGUGCGGUCGAGUUGUGAACGCCCAUGCUACGUUCCGCACCUGGUCACUUGUGUCUGGAGAAGCGAUGGACAGGUUCACCGUUUUCCCGGUCAAAGAGCCCGCAGAUCUCGAUGGAUGUUUUCUUGCUGUCAAUCUCCAGUACGAUCCAAACAUCUUCUCUCCAGGGUACCUCAUCCCGGAAGGAUACGCUAUGGCCAUGCUAAAUGCUCUUCUUAAAUACCUUAACGUCAGGCCACUCCGCAUCACUGCUCCAACCGACCAGUUUGACACAACGCCUGGAGCCCCAGAUUGGUCCUGGUACGACGCCCUCUCCGGUUUGGACUCAGGUCAAGUGGACUUGCUUGUCGGACAGUACUCCUUCACAGCUGAACGGCAUGAUCUGUACUCAUCCCUUGGCCCGUUCGGCUCUACCUACUACCGCUGGUACUUGCCACUGCCUCAGCCGAGCUUUCUGCCUGUUGCACCUCACUUGGCAAUGCCACUGCCGGUCGUCGUUCUCAUGUUGCUCAUGCUGGUCACCACGGUUUUGGUCAUGUCUGCUGCAGGGGGCCACGAUCCUCUUAUUAUCGUAUGGGCAAUGUUUGUGGAGCAGCCAGUAAACACAGCUGGUGUAAUGCGACCAUCUCUGCUGGCCCUCGUGCUCACGGCCCUUCUCGGGUUCCUCAAUGUUAACGUGUUCAUCAAGUCGUCGAUCGUGUACAGCAUGUCGAGUCCUCAGCUCAACGAAGCACUGCGCACGCCAGCUGACUUGCUGGCCCUGGAUCGAGUUGUUGUUGGAGUUGAAUCACCUUUCAUGCAGGACCUCUUGGAGAAUAGCGAGGACCUCACCUUCCGUCUUUUAAGCAACCACACUCAAGAGUGCUACAUCAACUAUACAAGCUGCGUAGACCGCGUCCAGUCGUACAGUGGCCAGGAAACUUCCAAUGGCGGAGAGUUCUAUUGCAUGCUAUGCUCUGACGAGCUCAUAUCCUUCACAACUGGUGGACAAGUCGGCUCCAUAAUGUACCCUUUGUCUGAGGCUCUACACCGCAACGUAUACGGGUGGUACGCCCGCAAGUGGUUUCCUCUGAGAGAUCGAGCAAACAACCUUAUACUCUUGCUACAGCAGUCCGGCUUGCUACCGCUGUGGACGCAAACACUUAGCAACAAUUUGAGUGCCGUACAAUCGUUAAGCCGCCGAAGGAGAAAAUGCCAAAACGGGGAAGCUUGCAGCAUUAGUUUUGCGCGCGCCCGAAACCUCUUCAUAAUGCUGUCACUUGGCCUGAUGGUGGCUGCCACCGUCCUGUUGGCGGAGCUCGCCGUUCACAAAGCCAGCGUCAGAACAACCAUGCGUAGCAACCGCAAAACUCUGAAAGGGACGAUUCCAGCUUUCCCUGGAAUAGUGCGCAGAGAAAGCAAAUGCGCGUAGCACAAUCAUCUACAACCUUAGUCACACACACGUGUAACUCGCAAGCAGUUAAGACCUUAAUAAACGGAUUUCGUCGAGAAACUCUGUGACCAAAACGUUAAAUUUUCAUCACCUCAACUCUUUCUCUGGAAGCUUGUGAAAAUACCAAAUGGAUUACACGUACAGCACGGAUUACACGGAUUACAGCGUCGAGCAUUUACUCCAAACUCACACGACCUGGAGCCAACGAACUAAAAACAUGUAAUAGUAUAGCAAUGUGCGUGGCGUUUGACGCUGGGCAGCCUUGAACACGAACGGCGAACGAGGGGCAAAGUUCUGUGCGCAAACGCGGGCCAGU